AUGACCUCAGACCCGACGUCUCGUUUCUUCAACGCGAUUUGCUUUCCCGUCGACGUGAAGCCCAAUGGGCCUCUCUUCUUUUGGGUUCAAUUCUUCUACCUCUCCAAGAUCCUCGAGUUCAGAGACACACUCCUCAUCAUACUCGGAAAAUCAAUCCAACGGCUCUCCUUCCUCCACAUGCCUAUAUCAGGAUCAGCAGCAUCCUUUGAAAGGUCAGGAUUUGUAACGCUCAAAUAA